GAAGAGCGCAGCUUGUCAGCAGUGGAGCGGAUCAUCUGCUGAAGGGCUGACAAGCCGAACUCGCGCACACCAAGUGAAUAACAGCAGCGGUAUCAUUGAAUACUUGAUACUUAGUCGCGAGUUUUCGUGUUAACAGUACACAUGGAAAAAUCGAACGCGUAACGGUUUAUUAGCAGCCCGCACGUCUGCCGAGGAGAGAGUCAGUCCCUAGAGUGCAGAGAUGUCGUUUCGCGUGGUACGCAGCAGCAAGUUCCGGCACGUCUACGGCACGGCCCUCAAGCGCGAGCAGUGCUAUGACAACAUCAGGGUGUCCAAGUCCUCCUGGGACUCGACCUUUUGCGCGGUCAAUCCCAAGUUCCUCGCCAUCAUCGUCGAGUCGGCCGGAGGCGGAGCCUUCAUAGUUCUACCCCACAACAAGGUUGGCAGAAUAUCACCAGACCAUCCACUUGUUGGGGGCCACAAAGGACCAGUGCUGGAUAUUGCAUGGUGCCCACACAACGACAACGUCAUUGCCUCAGGAUCCGAGGAUUGCGUGGUCAAAGUCUGGCAAAUUCCAGAUGGUGGAAUUUCCAGAACUCUGACAGAAUCUGUGGUAGAUCUACAAUUACAUCAGAGAAGAGUUGGUCUAGUGCUGUGGCAUCCCACAGCUCUUAAUAUAUUACUCACAGCUGGCUCUGAUAAUCUUGUGAUUAUAUGGAAUGUUGGCACUGGAGAGGCUUUAGUGAGAAUAGAUUGCCACCCCGACGUUGUUUACUCGGCCUGCUGGAACUGGGAUGGCUCGAGAUUAGUUACUACUUGCAAAGACAAAAAAAUCAGAAUCAUUGAGCCUAGAACGGGGAAUAUCUUGGAAGAGGCUAUUGCUCAUGAAGGUAGCAAAGCUACAAGAGCCAUAUUUUUAAGGCGCGGUCUAAUAUUUACAACGGGAUUUAGCAAAAUGUCUGAAAGACAGUACUCUUUAAGGGCACCGGACAUGCUAGCUGAACCAAUCGUCAUGGUGGAGCUUGAUACUAGUAACGGUGUAAUGUUUCCCCUAUACGAUCCCGACACGAAUUUGGUUUUCUUGUGUGGUAAGGGAGACUCGGUUAUCCGUUACUUCGAGAUCACUCCCGAGCCACCGUUUGUUCACUACAUCAAUACCUUCCAAACGCCGGAUCCCCAGAGGGGUAUUGGUAUGAUGCCCAAACGUGGCUGUGACGUUAACAGUUGCGAAAUCUCGCGGUUCUAUCGAUUGAAUAAUUCCGGCUUCUGUCAAGUCGUAUCAAUGACUGUCCCGAGAAAGUCUGAACUGUUCCAAGAAGACUUAUAUCCCGAUACUCCCGGCCAUACUGCGGCGAUCACGGCGGAAGAAUGGGAAGCCGGUAAAGAUGCCGAACCUCUCGUUAUUUCUUUGAGAGAUGGUUAUCAACCAAUAGCUUCCAAAAAUGAACUUAAAGUUAAUAAAAAAGCCAAUGUUCUUAAUAAGUCAGCUAAAGUUGGUGCAAACUCCACAUCUGCUCUGGCAUCGGCAGAUAUUUCUGAAGAUAUUCUUAAAGAAUUUUCAGAGGAAAUUCGGAAACUGAAAACUAUGAUAGUUAAACACGAGGGUCGGAUUCGAGUUUUAGAAUCCGCAGUGGCGCUACAAAUGAAAGAACAAGAAAGAAACGAAGUCUCCUCGCCCGUAGAAAAAGAGUCUCUUGCAUCUGACGAAGUUUGAUUCAGCUAAGGGUUAUAUUUUUGUAUCCUUGCACACGGAAACCAUUUAUACUGCGUGAUAAAUGAUAAAAACGUGCGUAUUAUAUUUUGAUAUGAUGUGUAUAUACUAGGUAACUUAGAAUAGUAGCGUGCUCCAAAAAAAAAACAAAAACAAAAGAAAGAAACAUCGACAGUGUCUUAUUAAUUAUUUAUUGUAUGUACAUCCAGCGUCUGAAAAAUUUCUCUGCUUCUACUAUUGUGCUCCGUUUGCUCUUUUCAUUCAUUUACUUAUUCACAUUUUUAUAAUCUUUUUAUGAUUUACCAUAAUAAUAUAUCGAGAAUCAUUCAUCGUUACCUGUUAAUAGGAUUUACGUUUAUGUUACAUUUUAGUGUUAUGUUAUUUUUUUGAGAUUUUUAUGUACAUGUGCGUGUGCCUUGGAGGAAAACAAACGUUUCGUAAAUCACAAGUGCCUUAAUUUGUACAGAAAAAAUCUACUGUAAAAUAACAAAUCUAACAAAGCGAUUGUUCUACUGAUUGCUAUUUUGACAUUUCAAGGAAAAAAAAAAAAAA